CCGGGCCCUUGACGAGGGACCAGGCAGAGCGGAAGUCACUCCGUGAGGCAGUGGCGACAGCGGCGGCGAGAGGAUGAACAACAAGUUCGACGCCUUAAAAGAUGAUGACAGUGGAGACCAUGAUCAGAAUGAAGAAAACAGCACACAGAAAGAUGGUGAGAAGGAAAAAACAGAACGAGACAAGAACCAGAGCAGCGGCAAGAGGAAGGCUGUUGUCCCUGGACCAGCAGAACAUCCCCUGCAGUAUAACUACACCUUCUGGUACUCUAGGAGAACCCCCGGCCGUCCCACCAGCUCACAGAGCUAUGAGCAGAACAUCAAGCAGAUUGGUACCUUUGCCUCGGUGGAGCAGUUCUGGAAGUUUUACAGCCACAUGGUACGUCCUGGGGACCUGACAGGCCACAGUGACUUUCAUCUCUUCAAAGAAGGAAUUAAACCUAUGUGGGAGGAUGAUGCAAAUAAAAAUGGUGGCAAGUGGAUUAUUCGACUUCGGAAGGGCUUAGCAUCUCGCUGCUGGGAAAAUCUAAUCCUGGCCAUGUUGGGGGAGCAAUUCAUGGUUGGGGAGGAGAUCUGCGGGGCUGUGGUCUCUGUCCGCUUUCAGGAGGACAUUAUUUCUAUAUGGAAUAAGACCGCCAGCGACCAAGCAACCACAGCCCGAAUCCGGGAUACUCUUCGGCGCGUGCUUAACCUACCUCCCAACACCAUUAUGGAAUACAAAACUCACACCGACAGCAUCAAGGCCUGGGAGGAGUUUCAUGGCCUGGUGAACAGCAGCGGCCGCUGAUCGGACGCUCCCCCUCUGUCUCUCACACUCAGGGGACAAUUCAAGCUUUCGAAAUACAAAAAUCACAUUGUGAAAGUGCACACGCUGGCAAUAAUCCUUUUCUGUUUGUGUGUUUGUCUGAAAUGGAUGCGAGGCUCAGGCAGUCCUUCUGUCUGCUCACUGAAGGGCUCUACCUGAGUCUUGUCUCCCCUUCUGCACUCAUUCCUGGAAGACGGACUCUGCUAGACACCUUCCAGCAUUGCUGACUUUAUAAAACAGGAAACAAUGGGGAAAAUUUGACUUUGUAAUAGACAAACACUUUUUUAAUGGGGUUCUGUGCAGGAGUGCAGCUAUUUUCUUGCUGUGUGCUAUCCAGAUGCCUCUUGGCAUCCUGCUGUACAAAGGACUUGAUUACCGACCACAUGUAUGUGCCCUGUGCUGAGUCCGAGCUGAGCGUUAUCAGUAUUAUGAAUGCUUGCACAUCCAGGAACCGAAUGCCUCUUCCAGCUCUGCUGUUAAGUUAUUGUGUGUUCCUCUCCCCCAAGCCCACCACUCUGAACGUGUGUUAGGAUGUGACAACAGCCUAGGGUUCUGUGUUCUUUGCGCCUUACACCUCCAGUUCCCUUCAGUGGGACUCAUCCUUCUUAGGCACUGCAGCACUUAAACCGUGAUCCUGGGCAGCUCUGGUUUUGCUGGUAUCUGCCCUGCAAGAGAAGCUGGAGAAGAAUGCAGUUCAGUCAAAAGCUAGAUUAAAGUGUAGAUCCCCGUGUGGGGUUGGAGCUGAGGGCAGUGACUAAUCCCAGCCUCCCGUACGAGCGGGACUUGUGUGCUGAGCGUGGUCUGUAGGGCUUGCAUGUCCCUCGUGGAGGAGAAAGUGACAGCUGGUUGGUGCCACAUUACACUCUGUGUAGAU